AUGUCUACUGAUAAAUUGAAUACACCUGAUGAAUGCGCUAAAAUUGAACAACAAGUAGUCAAAGAAAAUCUAAUUGAAGAUGAUUACAAAGUUAAAUUAGACGAUGAAGUCUACAAAACUCUAACAGAUCCUGUCUGUGAAAAAUCAAAACUAUCCGAUGUUUGGGAGACUAGUCAUACACCACCAUUAGAAUCAACAUUAACAAAAAAUCCAAUGAAAUCUAGUAAUACAAAUUUAGACGACAAAAAAGGUAGUUAUGACGAUCUUGGUAUUGAUGAAGACAAUAAACAUAAAUUAUCUACUGAUACACUCAAAGAGAAUUCGAAUUAUCGAAUUACAGACCAUUAUGAAACGUAUUUGACGAGUAUUGAAAAGGAUAUUUGUACAGAAUUUGAUAAUCCAUUGUAUAUACCGAUUAAAUUACCGUUAAGCAGUAAUUUAUACGUUCCAGUAUAUUAUGUACAGUCGAGUGAAGAAGCCUCACCUAAAUCACGUAAACAUAAUGUGGAUUAUAAUGAUAAUAAUAAUAUUAAUGAUUCAACGGUAAGUCACAAGUUUAUAUUGUCUGAUGAUAAUAGUUAUCUAAGAGGACAUGAUUCCCCUGCUAGACUAGAAGCUGAUCAUCAUAUAAAUACCAAUAAUCAGGGAUAUGAGAACUAUGUAUUACCGCACUACACAUCUGAAAUUAGUCCAGAUCACUGUGAUUUAAAAAUGUGUCAGGUAGAGAUAACACCUGAUCAACUUCCAAUUAAUGUGAAGCAUUCAGGGAAAAAAUUAAGACCAACAUCCGAUAAACCAGCUAAAGAAAAGAUAACUUUCAAGAAGACUAAGUCAAAGACCGAAAAAUCAAAAGAUGAAGAGUCUAUGCCUAUCUCAAAGAACAAAGAACGACAUAAAGAUACUACUGGCUGUUCACCAAGAUUAAAAAUAAAAAAGGUCAGAAGUAGUAACAAUAAGGAGAGAAUCAAGCGCGAGACGUCAAAAAAAGACAGUUUCAGGGAAGUAAGUGGAAAGUCAGAAGACAAUCAAGACUACACAAUAACUGAAGAUUUUCCACGCGUCGAAUGUAAACUAAGGGGAAAGCAAAAAAACAAAAUGAAAAAACAGAACAAUUGGAAACCAUGCGUUCCUAGCAAAAGUGAGAAACUCAACAAAAAGGCCAAGACGAAAGAAACAAAAACGGAAACAAAUCAAGACGAAGCAUCAACGACAAAUUUGAAGACAUCGAUGAAAACACCACUUACCAACACGAAAACAACGAGCAAAAAGAUCAAUCCAAUCUGA